AUUGUGGACUUGAUAUACUCUUCUUGGGGAAACUUUCUCACAAGGCCAGAGUAAAAUUGUACCAGGGAAAAGAAUUCUGCCCUGCUACAUUUGUAAAAAUGAUUCCUUUCCAAAUGCCUUUCCGAGUGUCAAUCAUCCGCGCUGUCAUGACAACUGUCACUCUUGCCUCCAUGACGUUCUCUAAGUGCAGAGACAGCAUGUCAAUAUACGACGUUGCUCUCAUUGGACACGCGUACAAGCACGUGACCGCCACAAGUCUGCACGACUGUGUCAAACUGUGCUCACGAGAGAAGUGCUGCCGAAGUCUGAAUUUCAAUUUUGUGAACAUGGAAUGCGACCUGAAUGAGGUCCCUAAGGACCAAACCAAGGGCCUGGUUAAGAAGUUAAACUCGGUCUAUAUUGAAUUGGUGAAGCCCCCGGCUGUUUUAGAAAAAUGCGAUUUCGAGAUAUCAAUCAGUGCAUGUGGGUUUACCAUCGCUGCAAGCACAUUGACUUGGCAAACCCAAAAGGGAUCAACCAGCAGUUCAUCCACAGGGCCAAGUCGUGAUCACACGACGGGAAGCGGGCGAUAUAUUUACAUGGAAGCGUCAGCUGGUUCCACUGGCUCACGAGCCAUCAUUCGCAGCAAGUUCUACCCGCCAUCCAACUGCCGCAAAUGUAUCAAUUUCUACUGGCACAUGUACGGUUCUACCAUGGGAACCGUUCGCCUCACAUACAGGGUUAAGGGCACCACAGCUGAGACGACAGUCUGGCAAAGAUCUGGGAAUCACAAUAAUCAGUGGCACCCUGCUGCGGUCGAGAUUCCACAACUUGCAGAAGAGCACCAGAUUUCAUUCAUUGGUAUCCGGGGGACAAGCUUCUACUCGGACGCAGCGCUUGACGACUUCCAAAUCAGAGACUGCCUUUGCAGCUGCGGUUGACAUUGGUUACGAAAGAUAACAUUAGUAAAACUAAUGGCAUAUCGAAAUCAUCUAAAACAAUUGUAAAUAUAUAAUACAAGUAUAGGCCGAUUUAGACAGCACGAUGCAAUUUUUCGCUCCGUCGCCAUAUUAUGGGGCUAUCCAGGGCGCCUGCAACACGAACAUACGUUUCUGCGAGGUUUCAGCAGAAAAAUAGUAAACCGAGCGAUGGAAACAAAAAUCUAGCGUAGAGUAUGGCU